AUGGUACUAGGUACUUGCAUCGGUCUUGCCGGCUACGAAACCACCCGGGAGGGCUUAAGCUCGAAUGAGACCACCGGGACGACCCGCUACCUAGCCGACUUUGUCCAAACGCUUGUCGGUGCGAUCGCUACCGACUUGGGCAAUCUGUCGCGCUUUCUCAACGACAGCCGGCUGGCCAUCGACGUUAAUGUGCUGGAGCUAAUCAGCAUGGUACACCCGAACCAUGAUAUAGCCAUCAACAGCUUCGAGCCCGCCCACGGAACCUUGCUGCAGGUGCACCAGAUUGUCACCGAACGGGGUAUCUGUUACGCGCUGAAUGCACCUCUGGCCUUGCUGCUGCACGUCAACGGGACGGGCCUUUUGCAUCCCUUUUGGUCCGGGUCGAAGGGUUACAUUGUUUAUCACGUCCCCCUGCAGUACGCCAUACACUCACCGUACGAGGUAGCGACCAGCGAUCAGCUGUUCACCCACGUGGAGGAGUCCGAUGAGCUAGUCGCCGUAUACAGUGUGCUCGAGACGGUUGCCAACGAGCGUCUCAAGGAUCUGACGGUGCGGCAGCGUAAUUGUUACUUUUACGAUGAAGUCUACGAACACUUGCCGCUCUACAGCCACAACCUGUGCAUCAUGAGCUGUCGGGCAAGGCGAGCACUGGCAGCAUGUCGGUGCCGACCACACUUUUAUCCGUUCGCCGAGGGACCACCGUGCAACGUACAGGGAUUGCAUUGCCUGCAGCAGCAUCCCGAGUGGUACAACGAUGGAGACUGCAAAUGUUUGAAAUCGUGUACCGACGUCGGCUAUUACGUAGCUUCACUUAGCAAAACGCAAUGGACGGCUGAGGGUGGUAUUCCGUUCACGCACAAAGCGUCCUUACGGUGGGAAAUUCUGCAACCCAAGACGAGACUCCGGAGAGUGCUUAUUUUCAGUUACGAAGAUUUACUCGUAUCGUUUGGUGGAGCCGUGGCAUUGUUUUUAGGAAAGAAUGGAUUUUACCUAUCUAAAAUUGUGGAAUUUUUAGUUCUCGAAACUUUUGGUUGGGUUCGACGCAAAUUUUGUAUGCGCAACGAUCGGAAGAAAAACCGCACAAAGCCUGCGGUAACUGUGUCUAAGUAG